GCACUAUUCCACCCCCACCACCACCACCUACGCUUCCUGACACACACACACACACACACACACAACCAUAUGGAGCCUGUGGUCCUCAUCCUCUCACGCCUUCCCUCUUCUCUUCCUUUUCCACUUUUUCUGCCUUUCCUUACAGCUUCCCUCCAUUACUCCCCACUCCCACAUCCCCUUCUGCACUCCUUCAGCUCUGCUCUCCUUCCUCUGACUCUCCGGCGAUGGAGGGUCUUGAGGGAAACAGAACCUUGAGAGGGAAAUCUAGGAAAAAUACUGAACCUGUAAUGGAUCAGUUUGAUGACGAGGAGGAGUAUUAUGAUAUGGAGGAGGAAGAGGAAGACGGCUGUGUCGGUGGGGGCGAAUUGGGUUUUCUGGAGGAUGAAAAAUACAAGAAGAUCAGAGCUGGGUCUGGCCCGAGAAGGUCUGCUGGCGGCGGCGGAGGCGGCGGUGGGGCUUCGCCGCCGCGCUGUCAGGCGGAGAAGUGCGCGGUAGAUCUUGCGGGUGCGAAACGGUACCACAAGCGCCACAAGGUCUGCGACGUUCACGCGAAGGCGCCGGUGGUGAUCGUCGCCGGUCUCCGACAGCGGUUCUGUCAGCAAUGCAGCAGGUUCCAUGAGUUAUCGGAGUUCGACGAAGCAAAAAGGAGCUGCCGGAGGCGUUUGGCUGGACACAAUGAGCGGCGCCGGAAGAUCUCAUCGGAAUCUCAAGGAGAACGGAGCAGGGUUCAAUCCCUCCCGGAGAAUUCCACUUGCAAACAUUUUCAGAUCAGAUAAGAUCUAAAACAGUUUGCUCUCCAGCAUGCAUGCUCCCUCUCUUCUGUCAUCCCCUGUUUGUUGUGAUAUAUAUAUUCUUCUCUAUGCCAUGCUUUGUGUUGAAAAUGUCUAAAACACUAAAUCAAAGACCGAAAGUCACCCUAUAAUUGUGAGUAAGUGCUGUACAUCUCAGAUUAUUGCUUGUAGUUGUGCUAGUGUGUAUUAGUAGGCAGGCAGUAGCAUGCAGAGUAGGUCUCUAGAAUUUUGUGGGUUUAUGGUGUUUUAGGGUUUUAUCCAUAUGUGUACUUUUAAACCUCAUGGUGAUUAUUCUGACUUGGUUCUAGCCC